GAAUACACACUUUCUCCACAAUUCUUGAAGCUCGAAGGUCGCAAGGGGCGCGCGCGCAGAGAGAGACAGAGAGAGAGAUGGCCAUGGAAGCUGAAAAGGUUGCAGAGCUAAAGGGCUUCGUGAAGGAGUGCCAAUCCAACCCCUCGAUUAUACACAACCCAUCUCUAGCGUUUUUCAAAAACUAUCUCCAAAGCCUUGGCGCUCGAAUUCCACCGGCAGCUCCCAAAUCAGAUAAGGAGGAUAUAUUAGAGGAACCUCUUGAUGCAAAAAACCCCAACCUGUCAAGUGAUGAUAAAUCAGACGAGGACAUUGUUGAGUCUGAUGUUGAGGUGGAUAACACUGAUGUUGUGGAUCCUGAUUAUGAUCCUCCACAGAAGAUGGGAGAUCCCUCUAUUGAAGUUACUGAAGAAAAUAGGGAUGCUGCACAAAUAUCAAAAUCACAAGCCAUGGAUUCAAUCUCAGGAGGUAAGCUGCAGGAAGCCAUAGGUCAUCUUACAGAAGCCAUUAUGCUGAAUCCAAGUUCCGCAAUACUGUAUGCAACUCGAGCUAGUGUGUACGCGAAACUUAACAAGCCAAAUGCAGCAAUGCGUGAUGCUGAUGCAGCUUUGCAGAUCAACCCUGACUCAGCAAAAGGGUUUAAAGUACGAGGAAUGGCACGAGCCAUGUUGGGCCAGUGGGAAGAAGCAGCAAGUGAUUUGCGGGUAGCUUCAAAGUUGGAUUAUGACGAGGAGAUUGGUGUGGCCCUUAAAAAGGUUGAACCCAAUGCACACAAAAUCGAAGAGCAUCGGAGAAAAUACGAACGCCUGCGCAAAGAAAGGGAGCUACGAAAAAUUGAACGCGAAAGGCAAAGGCGGCACGCUGAAGCCAAAGGUCAGGAAGCUGUGUCUGCCUUGAAAGAUGGGCAAGUUAUUGGCAUUCCCUCUGCUGGUGAACUGGAGAAGAUGUUAAAUGCUGCUUCAAGGUCAUCCCGUCUGGCAGUUCUGUACUUCACCGCAACCUGGUGCGGGCCAUGCCGUAUGAUCUCUCCUCUUUAUACAAGCUUGGCUGCAAAGUACCCCAAAGUUGUAUUCUUGAAAGUUGAUAUUGACGAGGCGAGAGAUGCAGCAGCACGUUGGAAUGUUAGCAGCGUGCCGACUUUCUUCUUUAUAAGGAAUGGCAAAGAGAUCGAUAAGGUAGUAGGAGCUGACAAAGGCUCACUGGAAAAGAAGAUUUCCCUCUACGCUGGCCAGCCGUGAUUCACUACUGAAAUUAGCAUGUUUUCAUAAGGAGUGUUGACUUUACUCAAAAUGGUUUGUGUACUUGUAGCCUCGCAGUUGUAUGGGUGCUACUAAUACACUUUGUAAUAGUUUGACAUGUAUAGGGACACUGCCUAUAAUUGAUCUUGAACCUCUCUAUGUGUACAUUUGUGUGACUCAUCAUACUGGUCUUAUCUUCUUGUCCUAAUGUUGUAUAUUUGAGCUUUGUGCAUAUAUGGGUUAUGGUACAAAUGCUGGUUUCUGAUUUAA